UGGGAAUAGAGGGGCGGGGCUCGGGGCGCUGCAGAGACUCUCGCGAGGAGACGGCGGCCAUCACCGCUCCCGUUCCGCCGCGAGACUUGAGCCGUUGAGGGCGGUGGGUGCUGGCGGAGGAGAAGAUGAUGGAGGACGUGAUCAACAUGGCCGUGUCCGGCAUCAACACGGGACACAGCGCGGAGGAGCUGGUAGCGCCCCACAGCGACGGUAACGCCGUCACAGCGAUGGCGGCGCCGGCGGAGCCGCCGCCCAAGCGCCCGCGCCUCCAAAUCUUCGCCGGCCCCGGCGGAGAGGUCACGGACGACGCCAGCCUCAGGGCCCUGCUGGUGGGUCUCCACGAGGCGGUGUGUGUCCGGCUGGAGGCCGUGGAGACGCGCCUCCUGGCCCUGGAGUCUCGCUGCGGCCACGUGGAGGAGAAGCUGAGCCUCGUGCUGCUGGGCAGGGCCACCACCGGCAGUGUGGUCGGGGCACCCACCGUGUCGAUGCAGGCCGGCUCGCCCUGGGGCGUCACGCACUCGUCCAUGAAAGUUCGCAGCGCUGUGCCAGGCCGGCGCCACGCUCCGGUCUUGGUGAAGGUGCCGGAGCCGUCGGCGGCGGCGGUGACGGCGGCGGCCGUGGCCACGAUGGCGGAGGCAGUGGUGGCGUCGGUGGAGGUGGAGGAGGCGGAGGGGGUGGGCCGCCUUCAGGUACAUUUGCCGGUUCUUUGCCAGGUGCAUUUGCCGGUUCUUUGCCAGGUUACAUUUGCUGCUUCUUUGCCAGGUACAUUUGCUGGUUCUUCGCCAGGUACAUUUGCUGGUUCUUUGUCAGGUUACAUUUGCUGGUUCUUUGCCAGGUUACAUUUGCUGGUUCUUUGCCAGGUGCAUUUGCUGAUUCUUUGCCAGGUUACAUCUGCUGGUUCUUUGCCAGGUUACAUUUGCAGGGGAGGGGGGGCGGUGGCGGCCCCGACGCGCUGCGCUCGCCCUCCGGCAGCCAAUCAGGAGACGCCGCCACGGGGGGGGGGCGGCCGGGGAGUUGUGGGGGGCGGCGGUGGCAGCGGUGGGAACUUCCACCCCAGCGUGACGCUCAUCACGCUCAACAGCGAGGAGGAUUUCCCUGACGGCACGUGGCUGGGCGACGAGUCGAACGCCGAGCUGCGCGUGCGCUGCCCCAUGACCCCGGGCGACCUGCUGCACGUGACCGCCGCGUGUCCCACGCCCGAGAAGAUGGCGCUCACCCUGCUGGACCACCUCUUCCAUCGCGAGGUGCAGGCCAACAGCAACCUGUCUGGCCUCGGGCGUCACGGCAAGAAGCAGCUCGACCCGCUCAUGGUCUACGGCAUCCGCUGCCACCUCUUCCACAAGUUCGGCAUUGCCGAGUGCGACUGGUACCGCAUCAAGCAGAGCAUCGACUCCAAGUGCCGCACCGCAUGGCGGCGAAAGCAGCGUGGUCAGAGCCUCGCCGUUAAGGGAUUCUCACGACGCAGCACAGCCGCCGCUGACGCAGCAGCAGCAGCAGGCGGCGGCGGAGGUGGCGGAGGUGGCGGUGAUGGUGGAGGCGUCUGCAGGGAGGGGACGCAGCUGCAUAGCUACACGCUGGCCAGCGGGCAGCAGGUCCACAUCCAGCACGUCGGGGAGGAUGGGCAGAUCAUACCCACGGGCAAUCUCCAGAUCCAUCAGGUGCAUGUCAGCCAGGACGGGGAGCUGAUCGCGGUGACGGCUGGCGAUGCCAGCAGCUCUGCCGGUGACGUCAGCACCACGACGCUGCCGGCCGGCUCCAUCCAGGUGCAGUACGUGCAGCUGGCGCCUGCCGGCGGCGGCGGCGGCGGUAGCGGCGGCGGCGGCGGCGAUGACGUCCGAGACGGAGGCCACGACGGAGGAGCGGUGACCACGGCUGUGAUGGAAGUGGCUGCGAGAGACUUCCAGGCGGUGCUGUCCCCCCACCUGGGGGUGGUGCAGGGCGGGCAGAUUCACAUCCACCAGGAGGCCACCGGCACCACCACCACCACCACCGCCGCCACCACCUUGACCAACGUCGUUCAUAUUCAGGUCCCCGCCUCCUCCUCCUCCUCCUCGUCAACAUCGUCAUCAUCGUCAUCCUAGCAGCGGCAGCAGCGCGGUCGUGAUGUCAUCACAAGUCGUGAUGUCAUCCUAGCAGCGGCAGCAGCAGCGCGGUCGUGAUGUCAUCACAAGUCGUGAUGUCAGUACAAGUGAUGUCAUCACAAGUCGUGAUGUCAACGCAAGUCGCGAUGUCAUCCUAGCAGCGGCAGCAGCGCGGUCGUGAUGUCAUCACAGGUCGCGAUGUCAUCACAAGUCGUGAUGUCAUCACAAGUCGUGAUGUCAUCACAAGUCGUGAUGUCAUCACAAGUCGUGAUGUCAUCACAGGUCACGAUGUCAUCACAGGUUGCAAUGACAUCACAAGUUGUGAUGUCCUCACAAGUCGUGAUGACAUCACAAGUCGUGCUGGUAGCGGCCACAGCCGUGGCACCACAGCGAGAGUCACGGGGCCCAUAGCAUCACCGCCAUCAUCAUCAUCACCAUCAUCACCAUCAUCAUCACCAUCAUCAUCAUCACCAUCACCGCCAUCAUCAUCAUCAUCACCGUCACUGCCAUCAUCAUCAU